UCCGGACACGUCGUCCGUCUAACUUUUUCCUCGGCGAGAUAUUCGACCAAGAGGGUGGUCACAACGCAACAAACGACAGGGACGUGUUGCCCGGGUGGUGGCGGAGGUGGAGACGGCGACGGUGACGGUGACGGUGGCGGCGGUGGUGGCGGCGGCGGCGGCGGUCAGGAGACGCUCACGUAUGCGAUCACGACUGACGCGGUAGAGGAGGUGGAGGUAGAGGUCGACGAGGUUAAGAUGGAAGCCGAGGACCAUCUGGCAAGAGAGUACGUGCAAGAGUUUGUUCUCGAUCAUCUGGAUCCCGCCGACGUCAAGCGAGAGGUACGAAUGAGUUCGCCGACGGUAAUGGUGAACGGCAGCGUGGUGCAGCUUCCGGGGCAGGUGCAGCCGCAGGGCCUGACUUUGGCGCCGCUAACGCCGCCCGCGCACGAGCUGGAGCAGCCGCAUCCGCUGUACGGUCAGCCCCACAUUCAGGUGCAGCACGGCGUUCUGGUGAAGGCGCCGCCGGGCGCCGCGGCGCACCUCACUACAUUGUCGCAUCCGGGCACGCCGCCGGACACGCCGCCCGUCUCAGCCUCGCCGCCGCCGUUGCAGCUGCACCGCGGCGACCGGGAUCCCCGGGACGCGCGCGAUGUCCGCGGCGGCAUACUCGUGCAACUGCAACAGCCGGCGGCGUUGGUGCAAGAAGAGAUGCAGAUCGGCACGGGCGGCAUGGGCUGGCUGACGCAGUCGCUGAGACAAGAGCCGCUGGACCUGAGGCCGCAUUGUCCCCAGGAGAACACCCCGGAGCCUCAUCAUGAGCCCUGGUCGGCCACGUCGGCGCAUCAUCACUUCCAAGAGCUGCAGCAGCUGCCGCGAUCCACCAGGCACACAGGUGGAUACUUGACAAUGUCGAGUCAUCUAGAGUAUUACAGUCCGGGUGCAGGUGGAGGGAUGCUUCCCGCGGGCGGGAAUGUGAUGCACGGGAUGGACGACAGCAUGCAGGGGAUACCGAUGCAACCGGGCAGACCGUUGAGCGUGUGCUCCGUGAGCUCUUGCGGCGCCGGCGGCCCGAGUCCGGCUCAUCGUGUGGGCAACGGCUUGUACUCCAAUUGCAAUGGCUCGAAUCCGCAGGAGGAGCUCAUGAACGAUGAGCUCCUGAUGUCGCUUUCCGUGCGCGAGCUGAACAAACGCCUCCACGGUUGCCCGCGAGAAGAGGUCGUGCGACUGAAGCAAAAGCGGCGGACCCUGAAGAAUCGCGGCUAUGCCCAGAAUUGUCGUAGCAAGCGGCUGCAGCAACGCCACGAUCUCGAGACCACUAACCGAAAUCUGCAAAACGAGAUUCAACGUCUGAAAGUCGAGGCAGCGCGGCUUCAGCAGGAGCGUGAUCUUUAUAAGCAGAGAUACGAGAUGCUGAGAACGCGGCAGAAUCAUCAUCAUAGUCACAAUCACAGUCAUCAUCAACAACAGACGCCGCAGCAGCAGCAACAGCAGCAGCAACAACAGCAGCAGCAGCAGCAGCAGCAGCAACAACAGCAGCAGCAACAGCAACAGCACCAAACCCAAAACCAACAGCCACAUCCGCAACAACAACCGCAACACCAACCGGCACCCGCGAGUCCUGAAGUCUAUCUGUGACAUCGACAGCGCCGAGGAGGCGCUUGUUGGACUUGAAGAGUCAUUCGUCGCGUCGAUGGAUUCUUCGAUUGUUUUUCAGGUACGAUACAUCGCUCGGAAAGCGUGUCAGGCGCUAAGCGACGGUGCGGAGGAGGACUUUAACUUCCCUUUCAUCGAUUUCUUCUUCUAUUCUUCGUCACUGUACAUUGAACCUUACGGUCGCCUGUGGGCUGCGAGAAAACGCAGCUAGUUCCUUCCUAAGCGUACACCGACUGGUGAUUUAGUGAGAUCCGAUCUGCGAGCGGAGCGGCCGAUCAGCUGGACCAUAAAUAUCAGGUGUUUUUUGCUCGCAUACAAAUACACACAUACACGCACGCGCGCGCGCGCGCGCGCGCACUCUUCUUUCUCGAGUAGAACGAGACGUCUGACCAGGGGUAGCUAGGGUCGCAUUCGUCUUCUCGUUAGCGUUCA